AUGUCUCUAGCCUUGGAUGAACAUACUCUCCAGAAUGUAGCCAGCAAUGGUGAGAUGGACUACGAAAAGUGGCCAGCCAUCAUCGAACCACUGCUCCAGCGACUCAAUGAGAUCGUAUAUACGGAAUUCCCUACGCCACGACCGUAUCCUACAAUAAAUCGACGCGCUCCGUCCUCACCGACUCAAACACAGCCUGCCCAAAUCGGAGAUUCCAAUCACAAUUCACAAACACCAUCCACACCCUUGCGGACUCUUCCUCCCGUCCCACCUUUCCCGACCUCAUCAGCAACCUCAACGAGCCAUGUCCCUGAUUCGCUCCCUCAGUCACAAGACGUUGCCCCGGCUGCUCUCAAUGAGCUUCCUGCUCUGUUGCUGCAGAUGCUCAAUAGCGUAACCCAUACACUUCGAUCAUCAUUUUCCGAAAGACCACCUCACACGAUACAGCGGCUGGCAGAGCUCAUUUUAUACCCCACAAAACAUUACAAAACCCUCCCUGCAUGGUUGCGGGCCAUCGACCGAGUCGUCAGCGUUAGCAGUCCUGCAAAUAUUUUUCCGCUUUCCGAAACUCCGCCUGUGGUGAAUGGCGUCAAUGGAGAUGGAGGAGGAGGAAUCCUUUGGAAUAAUGGCGAUGUACGCAAUGGUUAUGACAGCAAUUCAUUGGGCAGCGACGAAAGUCUAGGCGGCGCGCUCUUGACUCCAAUACCGUGGCUGCGGAAUGGAAUGGGUGGUGGCGAGGAUUCAGGCGAAGAUUCAGGCCCGCUAGACUCAAACACCAGCACCAGCACAGAUGGGCUGGAUGAUUCCCUCACGUUGUCGGUCACGCAAGGCAAUGGAGAUCUCCUAGUACCUGAGAGGCCCGAUGGCGCAGUCACACAAGGCGAGUUGAUUCGCAUGGAACAGGAGGCUGGUGUCGUGCCCGUGACCCGAAACCCUCCAGACACACACGUGAGCGGCACAAUGGAAGAGAACUGCCUCAUUGACGAAGGAGAUGUGGUGCCUCACGCCCGCGGACCCGACCUCGUGGGCUCUGUGGAUAUGGGUAGAGUCGAUGGCCAAGAUGUGGAAAUUCACAUUGGAAGUCCAUCGGGUGAGGAGGGAAAAGAGAGGGGAAUAGAUGCGAAUGAUGGACAGACCGUCCUUCCUAGAGACGCCAUCCCCGUGGGCUCCACAGCCACAGAAACGAUAUCGAAAACUGGGACCGGGUCAACGGCUGAUUCAGAGGAUUUUGAAAUCGUUCUCAAGGACGCUGUUGAAGGUGGUGAUGUGGACGCCAUGCAACUUGACGAGAGUAGAACAGACAGCGAGAAUCAGCGCAAGCAGCUACUAACGGAAGAUGGCGACAUUGUUCUCGUAGAUGCAGACGGAAAGACCGAGGACGAGUCGAACACCGGAAACCCGGGUGAGAAUGUCGGACCCGAUGCUGUCGAUGCCAGGAGGGUCACUUGA